CACGCUACCACUGAGCCACAACCCCAGCCCUGACCUUUCAAUGGUGUGCAUGGAGGUGAACUUGGAGAGAACUGGCCUAAUGUCUGCAAUAUACUUUGACAGGCACCAAAGCAGUUUUAAGUGUUAUGAUAAACUCUAGGUCAGAUUGUCUUAAUCUCAACGUAUCAACAUUUGGGAGGGUGGGGUUGGUGCUGGGGACUGAACCCAGCUAUGCUUUACCACUGAACUAUAUCCCCAGACCUUUUAAUUUUUUUGUUUGAGAUUUGUCUUGACAAGUUGCUCAGGGCCUCACUAAAUUGCUGAUGCUGGCCUUAAGUUUCUGAUCCUCCUGACUCAGCCCCUGCAAUUGCUGUGAAUACAGGUAUUGCCACCAUGCCCAGCAACCCUAUCAACAUUUUAAGCCAACGAAUUCUUUGUUUUAGGGGAAUAUCCUCUGAAUGGCAAGAAGUUGAUCAACUUUGUCCUUCCAAGAGAGCAUCCUUCCAGCUGCAAUAACUCAAAAUGUCUUCAGACAUUGCUAAGUGAACAGGGGGAAUCCUUUCUUCUUGAGAACUGCACUGCAAAAUUUGCCCUGUAAAAUUCUCUCAACUUUGUUUUAUACUUGAAAUUUUUCAUAAUAAAAAUUAGAGGAAAAGUAGAUUAUAUAAUGGCGUGAAAAAUGCCCAUCAAAACACCAAGUAAAAGAUAAAACUGAAGACCUGUGUUAUAUUUUUGUUUUUUAAAAAAGUUAGCAGUUGUCUAAUAUCAAUGAAUGUUUUCAAAUCUUGACAUUUCUAAAAUGAACAUGAAAUAUAAAAGUGUACUGCGCGUAGCUGGGGAAGAAAAAAAAAAAACAUAUCUACUCUUCUUUGGGAGUUUCCUUCAAACUGUCCUUCGAUUAACAGGGACAAAUCUCUGGAUGGAUAUCUCUGGAUGGAUACUGUGCCUCCCAGCUUGGUUACUGGGCAAGAACACGUAAGGUCGCCAAGGCCAACGUCUUGCCACUCUGGUUCAGGGUCAAGGGAGAUCAGUCACCAUGCGUGGGAAGACAUCAGAAACGCACCACCUGCGAUUCCACCCUCGCCCCGCAACAUCACCUACCUACCUAAUCGCGAUCUGCACCUUGUUCGCGUUUGAGGAGGAUUAAAGGGCCAACCCUGGCCCUACUAAACGCUGCCCCUUACGCUCCGACAGUGGCAGCAGCUGAGAAAUGACGAUGAGGCCGGGGUGCAGAAAUGGAAGAAUGAAAACUGCCACUGAGAAGCACCUGGGGCGGGGGGCGGUCAAAGAAUAACCCUUCUGCUACAAGUGCCGAGAAGUAACCUGCGGCCGCAUCCCGGGACCCAGAGGUCAGGGCCGUCCUGAUGCCGGGACUCGCGGCCUCGCGCGUUGGCGCCAGUCGGGAGAGGGCGUCCCACUUCCCCCUGGCCGCUCGCAGGACUGGCUGAAGCUUCGAGUCGUCCUGCCCUAGGAUUUUGUCUCCCUAGGGGAUCUGAGGUCACCGUGAAGCCGGGACUCCCGGGCUUACAGCAGCGAGGGAGCCUGGCUCUGGAUGAGCCUUUCAGCCGGGGCACUGGCAGAGUGGACUGGGAGUCUCUCCCCAGCGAAGGCGUCACACCAACUUCCCGGAACUUGGGACGUAAUGGGUCCGCCUCCCCUCGCCUUGCGCGUUCGCUUAUUGGUCCAGGGCCUCCUCGCCGUAUCCUAGCCCCGCCUACGCUCGCUCAGAGGGCCCAAUCAGGAGCCACGGCGUCUGCGUGCUGCACGGGUUUCUUUUUUUUGUUUUUUUGUUUUGGGCGAACGUCGCGACUCGGGCAGUCAGGAGCCCUGCGGUGUAAGAGUAAGCUGCGAGAAGAAAUGAUUCCACUCCCGAGGCUCAGCUUUCGUUGUACGUUUUAACGGCAAUGACUGAAAUCUUGGGUCCGAAAGUUCUCUUGGGGGUUUUCUCGUCAAAGAAGACCCCAAACUCAUGAAAUCCUCUCCAAACUUCACUCUCUCCCUGGUGGACUUUAAGUAAAUACCUGACUGGAAAUAAACUGUACAUAGCCAGACGCGGUGGUGCACUCCUGCAAUCCCAGCGACUCCGGAGGCUGAGAUGUACAUCCUGAUCCUCAAACUAAGUAGCACCAGGAAGACAUGAAGGACAAAACUUUACAUUUAAUAGCUGCUUGAUAAACUUUUACAAAGAUGAGAAAGAAUAAUGUGAAGAUGCCACUGAUUUAAAUAAUGGUGUUUGAUUUCACAAAAUCUUUUUAUAAAGAAACCUAACAGAUGUCCAAAUAUGAUUGAGAUAGAGCAAGCAGAGGCCCAGCUCUCUGAGUUAGAGCUUCUGGCCAGUAUGUUCCCUGGUGAGAAUGAGCUCAUAGUGAAUGACCAACUGGCUUUAGCAGAACUGAAAGAUUGUGUUGAAAAAAAGACUAUGGAGGGGCGAUCUUCAAAAGUGUACUAUACCAUCAAUAUGAACCUGGACAUAUCUGAUAAGUCAAUGGUGAUAUUUUCUCUGGCCUGCAUUCUUCCCUUUAAAUAUCCUGAAGUUCUACCUGAAAUUACUGUCAGAUCAGUAUUAUUAAGUAGAUCCCAGCAGACCCAGCUGAACACAGAUCUGACUGCAUACCUGCAGGAGAAUUGUUGUGGAGAUGUCUGUAUAUUGAAUGCCACGGAAUGGGUUAGAGAACAUGCCUCAGUCUAUGUCAGCAGAGAUGCCCCAUCUUCUCCCACCACAGAAAGUCCAGUCCAGUCAGUCGAUCACACUCUUACAAGACUUUGGAUCUACAGCCAUCACAUCUACAACAAAUGCAAAAGAAAGAAUAUUCUAGAGUGGGCCAAGGAGCUUUCCCUGUCUGGGUUUAGUAUGCCUGGAAAACCUGGUGUUGUUUGUGUGGAAGGUCCACAAAGUGCCUGUGAAGAAUUUUGGUCAAGACUCAGAAAAUUAAACUGGAAGAGAAUCUUAAUUCGCCAUCGAGAAGACAUUCCUUUUGAUGGUACAAAUGAUGAAAUGGAAAGACAAAGGAGAUUUUCCGUUUUUGAAGAAAAAGUGUUCAAUGUUAAUGGAGCUAGAGGAAACCACAUGGAUUUUGGUCAGCUGUAUCAGUUCUUAAAUGCCAAAGGAUGUGGGGAUGUUUUCCAGAUGUUUUUUGGUGUAGAAGGACAGUGACUAAGGAGAAGAGUGGUUGAAAGUAUUUUGUCACUGUUGACUUUUUGGUUUUGCCUACGCUUUCUUGAAAGAUUAAGUAAUUUUAAGCCGAGUGCAGUGGCACACACCUGUAUUCCCAGCAACUCAGGAGGCUGAGGUAGGAGAAUCACAAGUUCCAGGCUAGCCUUGGCUUCUUAGCAAGACCCUCUCUCAAAAUAAAAAACUUAAAAAGGGGC